UACCAAAGUAGUAAUCGUUGCUUUGUUUUCAUUGCAUACUUAAUGCAUUCGAUAGGUCGUAUGAUACCACUGACGAUAUUCUCAGCGUUACUCCUAACCUCGUUUAAUUUCCCUACCAACUUUGAAUGUCCUUUGGGCAAUAAUAAAGCCACGACUAAUACCCUUGAAAACGUUACUCGACCAACUAAGAAUUAUUCAUUUGUGGACUGUACUUAUCUACAGGGAACAAGAAAUAAAGAGCUUUUUGCUGGCGUUACCGCGUUUUAUUUUCUCAUCGAUGCAGUGAUAUUCGGGGAGCUUGUUUAUCUGUUGUGGUCGGCAUGGAAGGAUUCUGUCUUCCGUACUGAUCAAGAGUUUAUUAGCGUGUAUAUUUUACGAAAGCGCACAGAAACGAUCCCACAGUUAAACCAAAUGAUUCGGAGAAGCCAAAACAGACAUGUAUUUACUGAAUGUGACGGCUUCAGACGGAAACGAAAACUCGAGGAGAUUUAUAUAAAUGUUCUAAUUCAAGAUGGGAGAGAAAGUACUUACAAUUCCAGAAGAAAGUUUAAAGGUAGACAUGAGAUUUAUGAUAUUCAAUUGGAAAAAUCCACUAAUGCAAGAAGUCUCAAUAGUACAGCUGAACUAUUUCAAGCAACAAAUGAGGAUGAGAGCCAUCCUAGAACUGUUCUUGCUGUUGGAAGACCUGGCAUUGGGAAAACUCUACUGACAGAAAAAAUAUUUAAUGAGUGGCAACAAGAAAAAAUGAUCGAAUUCUGGCAUGGAAAAAUUGCACAUGGUUUAAAUAGAUCAUCAUUAUGUCAAUUCAACAACAUGACCAUUUGUGAAUAUAUUCACCAGCAACCAAAUAAUACCAUUCUUGUCUUUGAUGGCUUAGAUGAACUUCAAGUUGAUGAUGAGUGUUUAACUGAUGAAAAGACAGUCAACAGCUCUGAUGAGUUUGCCCACAUUUAUAAGAUUGUUAAACAGCUAGUUAAUGAUGAACUAUUACCUGGAGCCACUGUGUUAAUCACAUCUCGACCCACAGCAGAACAUGUCUAUCAAAAUUUUUAUUUUGAUCGGGAAGUGGAGAUAUUGGGUUUUAAUAAGGAACAAAUAAAACAAUAUGUUGAAUUUUUUUGUUAUAAUGACAUGCAGAAAAGUUCAAAAAUGUGGAACAUAAUCAAAGAUUCCCCAGAACUACUAAGCUUCUGUUACAUACCAGUCAAUUCCUAUAUAGUGUGCUUGACAUUAAAUGAAAGCAUUGAUUUUGGUGAACAAGGGAAAGAUAAAAGGAACAGCAAUGUCCCCAAAACAAUAACAGAAAUGUACAAAAGAGCAAUAAAGAUUUUGCUGUACAAGCACAAUUCAAAGUACAAAAAUAAACAAGUUCCAAAAGAUUAUUUAACUGCAAAACUUCCAGAGAAACUUCAAAAGGAUUUAAAAGAAUUGAAAGAAAUUGCAAAGGAUGGAAUGGAGAAAGACAAGUUGGUUUUUGAGUUUCAGAGCAGUGAUAAACGUAAGGCUGACUUAUCAGAUUGUGGGGUACUCAAUCAACUACAUGAUGAAAAUCAGUUCAUUUUUUCCUUUCUUCAUCUCACCAUUCAAGAGUUUUUAGCUGCACUACAGGUGGUUGAUCAUAUUAAAAAUGUUGAAUCAUUUCUGGAAGAUCACAUUGAUGAUCCCAAGUGGCAUUUGGUGAUCCAGUUUGUAGCUGGGUUACUUGGAGACAAAAAGAGAGAGUUAAGGCCAACAGAGUGUGAAGACAGUGAAAUAGUGAAAAGUAUAUGCAGAAGGUUUCAAGACUGGAUGCCAAAGAUUCGACGUAUUGACUCUGUUGAUAAAGGUUUACUUGUGAUAAAAUGUGUUUGGGAAAUGCAAGAAGAUCACGUCAUGGAGCUAAUUUCGUCCUUUGCUUGCGAAGAUGACGAUGAAGAAUUUUCUUUGCGUGGAUUAGAUAUUGCACCAGCAGAAUCUACUGCUUUGUUCAAUUUUCUUAGUCACAUCAGGAAUUUAAAGAAGCUUCAAAUCUACAAAUGUUCAAUGACGAACAUUGCUAUUCGUGGAUUGGGUGAGUUUUUGAGAAACGAUAGCCAUACUCUGAAGGGUAACAACUGCAAACUUAAUGAACUAAGUGUUGGUUACAAUAGUCUUACAGCUGAGGGUGCUAAAUGUUUAAGUGAUGCCCUGAAGAGCAACAAUUGCAAACUUACUAAACUAGACGUAAGAGGAAAUGAUUUAAAGGCUGGUGGUGCUAAAUAUUUGAGUGAUGCUCUGAAGAGUGACAACUGCAAACUUACUGAACUAGAUAUAAGAGGCAAUGCUUUAACAAUUAAAGGCGCGGAAUAUUUAAGUGAUGCUCUGAAGAGUAACAAUUGCAAACUUUCUAAAUUAAAUUUAAGAGACAAUGAUAUAGAAGAUGAUGGUGCUAAAUAUUUAAGCGAUGCUAUGACAAGCGACCAAUGCAAACUAAUUGAACUAGAUGUAAGAGGCAAUACUUUAACAAUUAAGGGUGCUGAAUACUUAAGUGAUGCUCUGAAGAGUGAUAAUUGCAAACUUACUGAAUUGGAUGUAAGUGGCAAUUGUUUAACUGCCGAAAGUGCGAAAAGUUUGAGUGAUGCCCUAAAAAGUAACAACUGCAAACUUACUGAACUAGAUAUCAGUAACAACGAUCUAACAGCUGAUGGUGCUCAAUAUUUAAGUGGUGCUCUGAAAAGUGACAACUGCAAGCUUACUGUACUCUAUGUUAGUCGCAAUAGUUUAAAAGCUAAAGGUGCCAAAUAUUUAAGUGAUGCUUUGAAGCUUUACAGCUGUAAACUUAUUGAGCUAUAUAUAAGUCACAAUGGCUUGACAGCCGAAGGUGCGCUAUAUUUAGGUGAUGCUCUAAGAAGUGACAACUGCAAACUUGCCCAACUUAUGUAA